AUGAAUCCUGCUUUUACCUCCACCGCGGCAGUUGCUGACAUUCGUCGAGCAAUUGCCUUUGCAACUGAGACCUCCCGACCUCCCGCUAAGGCUAGAGCUUACGCGAGCUCUAGCGAGCCACACGAGCACACCUGCUCUCACAACACCUCAAAGGCUGACUCCGAUUUGGACGAGGAAUACGAAUGUUUUAUUCAAGACCGCCAGUACUUCGAAGGUAAAAAAGCUGCCAAGGCUAUUGAGGGUGAGAAAAGGUGUUUUGUUUGCAAGAAGCCAGGUUGCUGGAGCACCAACCACACCCCCGACGAGCGCAAGGCUUCCGUAGCCAAGUUCCAGAGCUCUAAGGACGCAAAAAGGGUGACGAAGAGCAAAUUUUCCUACGUCGGGCUAGUAGAACGCUACCACGUCCUUGUGCGACGCGCUUUUGAGAUCGUCAUAAAGGAGCUUCCAAAAGCCCCAAGGGAAGACCGGCUUCAAAUGGCUAUCAAAGCCAUCAACGAUACAGCUGGACUUAAUGGCUUGGUUCCUACACUCUUCGUUUUUGGGACUCUACCGAGGCUGACGGAGCAAGAUCGACCUGCCGCGUCUACCCAGGAGCGUGCUGCUGCUAUCAACAAGGCUAUAAGGGAAAAGUACGAUCCUAGUAUCCCGACCGUGCCCGAUGAAGAGGAAGACGAUUCUUACGUUCUAUUCACCAAGGACUCCGAGGUGUUUGUUACCGACAAGGAACGCCGGGACCAUGAGCUCUCAGCCAAGCUACGAGCCGAAGGAAUCAUCAAGAGCCCCGGGGCACCGUUCCAAGAGUCUAAAGCAAAGGAAUUGGCAAGAUUAAUAGCUCAAGGCAUCCUCCAAGUGAUCCCGAGCACCGACCCACGUGCUAAAGGCGCUAGGAUCUUUGGAUCUAGGUUUGUUGACGAGAUCAAGGGCAAGGGAAUACCCACGCUAUACGAGAAGUCUCGUAUAGUGGUCUAA